UGGCGCGCGGCCUGUGAGUGAGUUGGGGCCGGGCGGGGAGGGAGCGGCUUGGCCCGCUCACCAUGGGCACCAUUAGGGUCUAUUACACCAGCGUCACCGGAUCCAGGCAGGUGAAGCAGAAACAGGCAGAAGUUACUCGAAUUUUGGACAUUAACAAAACAAAGUACGAGUUAAUAGAUGUAUCCAUCAGUGAACAACUGCUUCAAGAGAUGAGGGCGAAGGCUGGUAAUCCUAAUGCAAUACCUCCUCAGAUAUUCAAUGGUGAUGACUACUGUGGAGACUUUGAGAUGUUAUAUGAAGCAACUGAAAAUGAAGAAGUUUGGAAGUUUCUGAAGAUGGCAUCAAUAGACAAGCCUGCAAGAGAGGAAAUUACUGUCUAAAGGGUGUAUCCAGAUCUGAACUCCAACAAUGCUUCAGGAACCAAAUAUACUAAAUAUAUUUAUUUCUUAAUUGUUUUGUUAAUUAUUCAGGGUAAAUAAAUCUUAUGUAUGUUUGUGUUUUAAUAUUACAGUAUAGCAGAUUCAGGUCUUCUUUGAUAGACUACACACUGUACCAUUCAAAAGCAGUUUUUCAACCAAACUAGUAGAUGUCCUAAAGGCCUUCUAACCCUCUUCUGUUCUGAAAGCCAGCUUACUGUUUUCCAUGUUUCUCAGGGGUCUUUUAUUAAACAAAGUAAUUCAUACAUAUUUUUGUAUCAUCUUUGGCAUGAGGUGAUUUUUCUCUAAUACAGUAUACCUAGAAAUAUUAUAUUGUUAUGUUCAUUGAACAGUUUUAUUUAUGUGGGACCUUCAAUAAAAGGCAAUGAGUAUAGUAAUUAAUAAUCA